CGCUCAACUCCUUCCUCGAUGACCAAACGCCUUCCCGUCUUCCUCGACGACCCGCGUCGCCUCCGCCGCCUCCUCUCCUCCUCCUCCUCCGCCGCGCCCCGGGCCCUCGCCCGCCUCCACGCCCUCCUCAUCGUCUCCUCCUCCGCAUCCCACCACCACCACCACCACCUCCUCUCCUCGCUCGCCGCCGCCUACGCCCGCGCUGGCGACCCCGGCGCCGCGGAGUCCACCCUCACCUCCACGUCCACGGCCGCCGCCGCCAGCUCCUCCAUCGCCGCAUGGAACGCGGUCAUCGCCGCGCACUCCCGCCGUGGCUCCCCGGCAUCCGUGCUCCGCGUCUUCCGCGCGCUCCCGCCCGCCGCGCGACCCGACAGCACCACGUUCACCCUCGCGCUCUCGGCGUGCGCGCGCCUCGGGGACCUUCGCGGCGGGGAAACCAUCAGGGACCGCGCGUAUGGGGCCGGGUACGAGGACGACAUCUUCGUCUGCUCAUCGCUGCUCCACCUCUACGCGAAAUGGGGCGCCAUGGGCGACGCCGUCAGGGUGUUCGACCGAAUGCCGAGGAGGGACCGCGUCACCUGGAGCACCAUGGUUGCUGGAUUCGUGAGUGCUGGACAGCCACUGGAGGCCAUUGAGAUGUAUAGGAGGAUGAGGCUGGGUGGUGUGGAGGGAGAUGAGGUGGUCAUGGUUGGGGUUAUACAAGCGUGUACAGCUGCCAGGGAUGUCCGAAUGGGAGCCUCAGUUCAUGGGCAUCUCUUACGGCAUGGAAUGAGGAUGGAUGUUGUUACUGCAACAAGCCUUGUGGACAUGUAUUCAAAGAAUGGACUGUUUGAUGUGGCACGUCAAGUUUUUGGGCUGAUGGUGCACAGGAAUGCUGUCUCAUGGGGCGCGUUGAUCUCAGGUUUUGCGCAUAACGGGCACUCGGAUGAGGCACUUCACUUGUUCAGAAAGAUGCAGGUUUCUGGUUUUCAGCCUGAUUCAGGAGCACUUAUUAGUGCUCUGCUUGUUUGCUCGGAUAUCGGACACUUGAAGCUAGGGAGGUCAAUACAUGGUUUCAUCUUGAGGAGGUUUGAAUUUGAUUGUGUCCUUGGUACAGCAGCCAUUAAUAUGUACUCAAAAUGUGGCUCCCUAGCAAGUGCACAGAUGCUUUUCAAUAUGAUUGGUGCUAGAGACUUGAUCUUGUGGAAUGCCAUCAUUGCGUGUUGUUGUGCUCAUGGACGAGGCCAGGAUGCCCUCACUUUGUUCCAAGAAAUGAACAAAACUGGAAUGAGACCAGAUCAUGCAACGUUCGCUUCUCUUUUGUCAGCUCUAAGCCACUCUGGUCUUGUGAAGGAAGGGAAACUCUGGUUUGAUCGCAUGGUUAAUGAUUUCAAGAUCACACCUGCUGAGAAACACUAUGUCUGUCUAGUGGAUCUUUUAGCGCGUUCUGGUCUUGUGAAAGAAGCCAAUGACCUGCUCACAUCAAUGAAAGCUGAACCAACCGUUGCCAUUUGGGUUGCUCUACUUUCAGGCUGUCUGAAUAACAAGAAACUGGAGCUUGGAGAAAGUAUAGCAGACAAUAUCCUUGAAUUGCAACCUGACGAUGUUGGCGUUCUCGCAUUGGUGUCAAAUCUCUAUGCUGCUGCAAAGAAAUGGGACAAAGUCAGAGAAGUUAGGAAGCUAAUGAAGGAUACUGGAAGCAAGAAGGUGCCUGGCUGCAGCUCAAUAGAGAUACGCGGAACACGACACACGUUUGUGAUGGAAGACCAAAGCCAUCCUCAGCGUCAGGAGAUCCGAAACAAGGUGACACAGCUUGAUUUAGAGAUGAGGAGAAUGGGCUACGUCCCAAGAACAGAGUUUGUGUACCACGAUUUGGAGGAGGAAGUGAAGGAGCAGCAGCUCAGCUACCACAGCGAGAGGCUGGCGAUCGCCUUCGGUUUGCUGAACACAAGCCCAGGAAUAAGGCUUGUGAUCAUAAAGAACCUCCGGGUCUGUGGUGACUGCCAUGACGCCAUCAAGUAUAUCUCAAACAUUACAGACCGUGAGAUCGUAGUGCGAGACGCCAAACGCUUCCACCACUUCAAAGACGGAGCCUGCUCCUGCGGAGAUUACUGGUGAAGGCAGCCGUUCUGUUUUUGCAGGCUGUACGCUUGCUGCUGUACUGUAUGUACACUUACCUGGUUACUCAGCAAUGCAACGGUCACGUCCGUCACGGGGGACCCGGCGGUGGUGGUGCACGUCGCCUUCCCCCAUUCCCGGCGGUGGGCGUCAUCUGUCGCGGGAGAAAACGACCACAAGGGUGGCGGGAAAGGGUUUGCUUCUUCCUUCCAGCUGGGGGCGUCCGUCGCCGUGAUCGGUCGCGUUCCGUUGGAGUGGUUUGCGGUCUAGGACACUUCGCUUUUCUCCAGUAGGAUGACUGACCCGAGACCUCCCCCAACCCCGCGCUAACACCUGCCCCCAUGUGGGGAGAGUAGCAGCAUGGGGGCCUGGCCGCUGGAUUUGCAAAUUGCAACGCUACACCGGUUAAACUACUUGGCAGUUUGGCAUCUGGUGAAGUGGUGAUUGGGUCCUCUUCUUCCUUUUUGUUUUGGUUUAACUACUGUGCGUAUAUAUGUCAGGGAGGAAGCACUUUCUUCGCCGUUGACCUUACUGGAAAUUCGGCGGUUUGUUUGCUGUGCAACUUCUGGUGAUGCAUGCAUGCUCUGGUUGGUGAAUGAAGGCAUGGGGUACCCGUUUCAGGCUGUUCCUGUUUCGCCUAAUGCUUGCAUUGCUGCGUACUCUGGUUCGGCACCAAAGGCAACAAGAGGAAUAGUCUGGUUGGUGAAUGAAGGCAUUGCGUCCAUAAAGAUCCAUUUCAUUCGUGAAAAAGAAAAUGAGAUUUCAUUUUGUGG